AUGGAUAGGAAUUGCAAUGAAAAUGGCAAAAGCAUCAAAUUGUUUGGUUUUGAGAUCACUAUUACAACAACUAGGACGACGACAACUACUUCUCCUGCUGCAAUAAUGUCUGAAAAAGAUUUCAUGGGAAGGAAAAUCAAGAAAGGAAAUCGAUGGACAGAGGAUGAACACAAAGCAUUCUUGAAAGGAUUAGAUUUUCAUGGAAAAGGAAAUUGGACUAACAUUGCUAAGUAUUUCUUGCCUACUAGAACUUCGACACAGGUUGCUAGUCAUGCUCAGAAGUACUUCGUGAGAUUAUUAGAUGCUAAUUCCAAUUCCAAUGAGAGAAAAAAGUGCAAGAAAUCAAGUGUUUUCGAUCUUUGUAUUGAAAAAAUAGAGGAUACACAUAAUCAAGAAAGUGGUCAAGAAACUCAUAAUGUGCCAAGUUUUGUACCAAAUUACAUGAUGAAAAGUGUUCCAACAGUAAUGCCUCUUACUUGGGUUUACAUGUAUCCGUAUAAUGAUCAUUAUGCCUCUACGUCAAUCAAUACUACUACAUUUGGCAAGCCAUUUUCUGGGAUUUCUUAG